UGGGAUUCCAUGGCAGCAGCUCAUUUACCAGAAAAAGCUAAACGUUGAUUAUUGCGCAAAAAGCUGCUAAUCUCAUGAAGGUUUCACAAACAAUGAUCGCUCGCAUUCAAAGUCGAAGAUUGACGGUGAGUGCUUCCAACGCGGCACUCAUAAACAGAGCAAUCCGUAAGCAUGGUGCCCCGCCUUCGAUUGCUGCCAUCCCUGCGGGUGGGCUGCACUUGCAGGACAUUAAUCCGAAUGCCGGUGCCAUGAUUCGACAAAUUGGCUGUACCCGACGCGUGUUCUUACUGCAGCCUCAUCUCACGGCGGCUGAAAUGGAAGGACUCGCGUACCGCAUAGCCACCCUUACGAAAAAUGAUGGCAUCAAUUCGAUUUUGAUUGCGACGGACGAGACUGACGAUGUGGCGACCGGAGCUUUGCCGGCCAUGAUCCUUGCACGAGAUGGUAUAUCAGGGAUGGAUGUUGGGUUCCCUCCGGCUCCGGGACAUACGUACUUUGUCGCCGGCGGCUACGAUCCCAUUGAAUUGUACAAAACCGGUGAUUACCGCAACAAAGAAGCGGUAGCCUACCUAUUGCGUUCUAUGCGUAGCUUGACCACGGCAAUUGCGGGAAAUUCUCAAAAUACCAAGAUUCCUGUUAUUUGCAUGCCGCACGGGGCCGUGUUGGAUGGUGGAUUUGCCUUUUGCCGGGCCGCCUAUGUCAUAGCAACGGGCGAAAGCACGUUUCAGAUUCGCAACGGAUCUCGUGGACUCACACUGGAUCCCGUGGGUCUUAGUCACACGUUACCUCGUCUGGGACGUGAAUUCGAUCAAAUAUCACGUAAUUAUCCCGUCGGAAUGAUACUAGGCCUGACUGGGUACGAAGCCGACGCUUUCGACAUGGUGGAAACAGGUUUGGCCACUAAUUUUGUUGAAAGACCCAGCGGAUUGUCCAUCUUGGAGCACGCACUAAGUGAAAUUCCGCCCUGGAAAGACCAGGCUCUGAUCAAGAAACCGCUUCGCUAUUACGGUGAUCCCGAACCAACCCUCGACCACAACGCCCAAUUCCGCAAUGUUGCAGUUGCCGAUUCCGUCCAUUGUUUUGCCUCCUACCGGGCUAACGGGUCGUCGAUAUGGACGGCUGAUGUAUAUGGACCUGACGGUGAUGUUUCGUUAGAUCCGGAUGGGUUACCUCAAAGUGAUGGUGUGAGCAGCGAUCUUGUCGACAUCGCGGCAGCGUUUAGCAGCAUUUUUGAGCAAAAAUCACUCAAGGAUAUUUUGGAAGGAGUCAAGGAAGUUGCCAACCGCACGACUAACGAUCCAGAAGAACAAGAGGGCAUCGAUUUGGCCGCAGACUUUUCCCGCCGCAUGCACGCUCAGUCACCGCUAGCGUUGGCCGUUACGCAUCGCUUGCUGCAAAUCGGCGCCAACAAGAACGAAACGUUUGAAUCUUGCAUUGCUCGGGAAGAACGAGUACAGGCUAAGCUUUUGGCAGGUGAAGACUUUGCAAAGUGGGCGGCGUAUACAAGCACAGCGAAUGAGGUGGUGGACGGGGCGUUCCGACAGUGGAAGCACAAAAGCAUUGCGGAUGUUUCCAAGGCGGAACUGGACGACAUUCUGGAGGAUUAG